AUGAAAGUGAUUUUAACACUUUUUAUUUUAUUAUUAGUACAGUCAAAGGAUGUUGUAGACACAGUUACAUUUGAAAUUAAACCAUCACCAAAGAACAUUAACGAAUUAUUAGCAAUACUUGAUAAAGAAAUUGAGAGAAAGAAUAGUAGUUCUAUUAAACGAUAUGAAGAAGCAAAUAUUAAAUAUCAAGUAAAUAGAGAGAAGUAUUCAUCAUUGUUGGUCUCAUCAAAAUCUCAAAUGACAAAUGUUGUAGAAGAUAUAAAUUCAAUUAAAAAAGAAUUAAAAACAUUAACACUCAAACGGAAUGCAUUAAUCCAAGUUAAACAAAAUACACAAGAAAUUGACCAUCAAAUUACUGUAUUAAAACAAAACAAAAAGGAUAAAGAAAAAGCCUUAAAAGAUAUAAAUAAAAGAAGCAAACAAUUACAGAAAGAAUAUAAUAAAGUUAUUGUUCAUUGGGAAAAAGCACAGAAAAAAAGAAGUAAUGAAAAAGAAUUUAUUAAUAAAAGAAAGAAUAAAAUUAUUCAAUUAAAAGAAAUUAUUUCAUUGGCAUUAAUUAAAAAUAAGGAACUUAAAGCAUUAUCACAAGAAUUUAUUAAUUCUAUGGUUUGUGGUAAUAAAAUUGAACGAGAAACAUUCUUUUUAAUGAAAAAUAAAACUGAUAAAAAUUCUAAACGAUUAAUGAAGUUAUUACAAGAUGCUAGAAACCUUGCAGAAAAGUUAACACAACCAAAAACAAAAGAUAUAGCAAGAAUGAAAUUUAAAGUUCAAGUUGAAAUUAUUAAAAAAAAUAAGAUAAAAACUAAGAGUAGUAUUGAAGAGUUAGAGAAGAAAUUAACAUUUAUUAGUCAAAAAAUACAAAACACUCUUGAUGAAUGUAAAAUUGCAGCAGGAGUAAUUAAGAGUAGUUGUGAAAGUAAAUUAACUAGAUUAAAAGAAGAAAGAAAAAGUAUUAAGAAAGAAAUAAGAAAAGAAAAAAGUAAAUUAAUUGAUAUUAAUAACCAAUACGAAAAUAUAAAAACACAAAUUAGUGAAGAAGUUGCUCAACAAGCAUUAAAAGAGGCUAAAGUUGGAAGGCAAAAAAUGCAUAUUUGGAUGGAACGAUGUAAAAAACAAAUAAAAGAUGCCCGAGAAAUAACAGGAAAAUUAGCUAUUGAAGAAAUGGAAGGAUGUGGUACAUAUCAAGAAGCUGUUAUUAAUAAAAGACAAAUGGUAGUUGAUCGAUUAGUUAUGUUAAAAGAAAGAAGAAAAGAAGUUUAUAGAAAAUAUAUUCAUUUAUUAGAGAAAGAAGAAAAAACAGUAAAUAAACAUAUUGAAGAAUUAAGUAAAAGUGGAGAUAAAUAUGAAAAAAGUGCAUUAAUAUUUGCAAAAUAUGAAAGUAAAGGAGUUUUUGAAGGUAAUCAACGAAGUGAAAAAAUGAAGAAAAGAGCAAAUGAACAAAGAAGAAAAGCAGCUGAUCAAGCAGAUUUAGUUAUUUCAGAAUGGAGAAUAUUAAGUAGAGAAGAAAAUAAAGAAAUAGAAGAAUUACAAAAGAGAGCAAAAGAAAUGAAGAAAAAUAUUAAAAAUAUUGAAGAAGGAUUAAUUAGAAUUGAUCAUAAUAUUACUAUUGGAAUUAAAAAAGAUGAAUUACAAGAAAUAAAUAAUGAAAUUGUUAUGAAACAUCAAGUAAUUAAAAAAUUAUAUUCAAUAAUUAAAAAAAUGAUUCGACGUUCUGUUGGAAAGAAUUCUAUAAUGAGAAAAGCAGCUAUUAAUCGAUUAGUUGAUUUAAAAAGAAAUAAAAUCGAAAUGAAGAAACAAAUUCAAAUGUUAAUGAAAAAAGCAAGUCAAGCACCAAUUGAAGAAGUAUCACAGAUUAAGAAAUUAAUGAAAAGAUAUGAACGACAAGCAGGACAAUUAGUUGGUGAAGAGAUGUAUAUGAAACAAAUGAUUGAAUUAUGUAAAGAACGAGAAAAUAGUAUUAGAAGAAGAGAAGAAAAAGAAAUGAAAAUUAAAGGUGCACAAAAAAUAACUCAAAAAGGAUUUCUUAUUAUUCAAAAAAUGAAUAAAAAAGAAAGCCAAUAUAGAGAAAGUAUUAAUAAUGCUAAAAGACUCACAAGAAAAAUGGAAAUUGUUGAAGAUAAAGAUAAAGUAAUAUUAUCUGCUAUUAUUGGUAAGUUAAGAAAAAGAGCACAACAUCUUGCAUAUGAAUUAAAGAAUAUUGAAAAGAAAAGAAGAGUUGUUAGUGGGGAAUUAGUUGAAUGGAAAUAUCAAUUUGAUCAAAUGAUGGCAAAAAGAAGUAAUGAAUAUCGAUUUGAACAUGGUAAAUUAGAAGAUUUAAUUGAGAGAUUAAAAAAAGAAGAAGACAGUAUUGUAUGUAAAGGAAAUAGAGGUCUAUAUGAAAAAACUAUUAAAAUGGUAAAAGAACGAAUGGGCAUUAGAGAAGAAGAGUUUAAAGACUUUAAAGAUGAAAUUAAUGAAAUUAUUAAAGAAAUUAAUUUAGCACAUGGAAAAUGUUAUAAUGGAAUUGUUGAUGGAAUUGAAGGAGAUCAACAAAAAUGUAAAGUUUGUGUUAAUUUAGCUGAAUUUAUUUUGAGACAAGCAAGAAAUGGAAAGUCUAAAAAUAAAAUUGCUCGAAUGGUUUUAGCUCGUUGUAAAGCCUCGGAUAAACCACACACUUGUUAUUCUGCUGCUAUGAGCUUAAUGGCUCAUUUUGAUAGUAAAAUCAUUGAUGCUACUCCAUUACAAUUCUGUGUUCAUUCUAAUAAAUGUGUUGUGAGAGACUGGUAA